AUGACCAGCAUGGUCGAAACAUCGUGGCCGCCGAAAUCCCCCAAGGAGGCUCUUCUGAGCUCUCCCAGUGGCCGGAAGAAGUACCAAGAGAUGCAGCGUCGUCGAGAGAAUCUAAGGUCGCCGUUGAAACGCACAGCAACUACGCCUGAUUUUGGAAGCAAAGCAACACAGCUAUUGAGUGACGGCGUGGAUGGCGGAGAAGAUGAGGAAGAUGAAGAGACUCUCCAAUUGAAGCUGCAAGCCAUUGAAGCUCGUCUGAAAUUAAAGCAGCUGCAAAAGAGUCGUGGGAAACCAACAUCCUCGUUCGAGGACGGAGACGAUUCGUUUUCUCGACCAACUUCAUCCAACAGUUUCUCGUCGCGAUGCCAAGACCAAGCUUCCAGGAUAAAAAGUCCACAUGCUACAAAUAACAGAAUCCAGCCUGAUGAGGUCCAGGUUCCAUUGUCGCCAACGAGGCGACCUCCUGCGGGCGAACCUGCGUCCCCGCGGAGGUUUCUGCUUGGAAUUGACAAAGGGCUGAAGGGUGGUGAUAUAUCGCUAAAACGUCCACCUAGGAUAAACCCGGAUUCUCGACCAACGAGCAGCAGGCUUGGGAAUAGAGAAAGCGCAAUGACUCGUACCGGUGACAUAUUUGCACACAUGCCCUCUUCUGCUGGUGAGGCACCACGACCAAAGAGCUUCAGCGAACGCAUGGCGGAAAGCAGGUCCGUCGACAAGUCUCGAAAAGAACGGACGGAGCGAGCAGAGAGAAUCCAGAUGAACCGAAGCUCGGCAUUCCAGUUCGAUAAGACAGAGAUGGAGGGUUUCAAAGCAGCUGCCGCGCAAGCUACAACAAAUCCUGCUUCGAGAUCCCCUACGCGGAACCGGCAAACAGAAAGUUUCAGCCGAGAAGAUAUCCUACGGUCUUAUAAUCACCUCAAUUCUCCCUCAUUGAAAAGAAGCAACACGACUUCCGGGGCACGCAGUCAGGAUAGGGACGGCAACGCUAAAGAAUCGCGGUCUUAUUUCCAUAGGAGAAACCUCAAGUCUGAAUCGGACACUCCUUCCAAUCCCAAUGGCUCUCAAUUUACAAUCACGGAUCAAGCGCGGAAUGAAAACGAAGGUGCCGUGGAAAAAGCGCCUGACCCGACAAAAUUUGAAGCCUACUCUUCAUUAAACCUUUCGAAUCGCAUCUUACCGCAUUCCUUUUUGUCACGAACACUUUCUGACAAGAAAGUCCUCCGCAUUCCUGAUCUUCUCAAAACCGUGAAAGCGCCGGACUUUGAACUGCCCGAAGAUAUCGACGGAGACUACGUUGUGUUUGGAAUAGUCGCGUCGAAGUCCGAACCUAAGCAAGUCAAGCAGGCGAACAAUGUUUCUACGAAGGAAGUUGACCCAUUUGAUGAUGGCCUGAAUAACAGCAAUAGAUACAUGGCUAUUACUCUCACCGAUCUCAAAUGGACCAUCGACCUUUUCCUUUUCGAUACUGCCUUCCCACGAUAUUACAGACUAUCCGAGGGUACCGUCAUCGCCAUUUUGAACCCUACAAUCAUGCCACCACCCAGGAAUAAGAUUGAUACUGGCCGGUUCAGCCUUUCGAUUUCCUCGUCUGAUGACAAGGUUCUUGAAGUUGGAUCCUCCCUGGAUAUUGGCUUCUGUAAAGCAGUCAGAAAAGAUGGCAAGACCUGCCAGUCAUGGGUCGACGGCCGUAAGACCGAAUUCUGCGACUUCCACAUCGACCUCCAGGUCCGCCGCACACAGUCCCAGCGUAUGGGCGUGAAUAACGGACCGGGGUUGUUUGGCCCUGGUGGUCGUUCAGGCUCUCGAACAGGCUUCUUCGGCGAAGGGAAGAAGGGGGGCUUCAAGAACAACGGAAUGAAGCCAGAGGGUGCUCGAUACGACGCCGGCUCUCAAUCCGUUUACUACGUCGCCCCAGCCCCGAAAUCUAAAAACUUCAGCAGUGGCCCCUCUUUCCAUCCCACAGCUGGUGGUCAAUCUGCAGCUAGUCUGAUCGAUGCAGACGAAGACCCAUUCAUAGCGGCAGGCAUGAUGGGUCGCGGAAAUGAGAGCAAAGAAGAGCGUCUCCGAAGACGCCUGGUAAGUCAACAACGCGAGCGAGACAUCACACAGAGACUUGUCACCUCCGGAGCCAAGGGCGUGGGUGCCGAGUAUCUGCGGGCUCGAACUGGGGAACAAGCUCCAACCCCCAGUGACAAUGAAAAGACCAAACCCACUCCUUCCACACAAUCCUCAGCAGCCAACACCCUUGGUCUAACCGGCUUUCGAAAGGCGAAUACGAUAAGACUGAGCCCGAAGAAACGCGCCUAUGACGGCGACAAACCGCAUCAUGGCAGCGUCAAAAAGACCCGAUUCAUAACCUCCAAGGGCAUCAAAGAAGCCGGGAGAGAUAGUCUCGGAGGCAGCGAUAUCAAGCUCAAGGCAAGCCAAAAUAAUAAUAAUGACGACGACGACGACGAUGAUCUAGACAUCAUCUAG